CAAUCUCACCAAGUCCACAGCUGAUGUCCACUUAUCCUCGUCCUACUCGGAGAAGUUUCCAGAAUAAAGAGGAAUCCGUUUGCGCUAUUUCCUAGUCAACUCAAAGUCUCUGAUCUUCAAGCUUAAAAAUCCCCAUACAGAAAUUCCCUUCUCAAUUCUUCUCUGCACCAACUAUGGCGAGUGAAAUAGCGGCCAAAGCACAAAACGCGUUUGUUGAUGAUGAUUUUGAAAGCGCCGCCGAUCUCUAUACUCAGGCCAUAGAGCUUAAUCCUAACGAUGCCGAUCUCUUUGCUGAUAGAGCUCAGGCCAAUAUCAAGCUCGGAUACUUCACUGAAGCUGUUGCUGAUGCAAAUAAAGCGAUUGAAUUGGACCCCUCCAUGGCGAAAGCAUACCUGCGCAAAGGCACCGCAUUCCUGAAGCUUGAAGAAUAUUAUUCUGCUAAAGCAACUUUGGAAAAAGGUUCUUCCUUAGCAAAUGAUGAAAGAUUUUCCAAACUGAUUAAAGAAUGUGAAGAACUUAUUGCAGAAGAAAAUUGUGAUCUUGGUUCAUCGGAGUCAAAUACUGUAAUUCAAUUAUCAGAUAGAAAUUCUGAAAAUUUGAAAGUAGCUGUAGAACAACAGAAUGGAACGCAUCAGAGGAAAGAAAUUUCAGCAGUGAACUCGAAGUACAGGUAACACAAGCUCUAUGCCAUUUGAU